AUGGGGAACAAGCAAUCUUCUCCGUCAUGCCCCAAUCACCCACCGAAGAAGCCAAAGAAGGUGAAGAAGAAAGAUUUCAACAUUCUCAUGGAACAUCGUCCGCCUGGCUAUACCCCUCCCAGGCAGGCUAAUCGUAGUGGAAUGGAUCUUCAUUCCGAUAAGAUACGAAGACAGCUGGAAGAGAUGGAUGCGAUGAGGUCUACUGCUAUCGCAAGGGGUGAAGGAUCACCAUCAUACGAGGCUAGUAUGAUAAUGAAAUGA